UGACACAAAAGUAACAAAUUAAGCAUCAAACAAAUUACUUACUUUUUAGGUAUUGCUUUAACAACUAUUAUUGUUUUAAUAGUCAAAGUUCAGUAUUAUUAACUGUAAUAAUGGCUACUGUGACAUCACCCUCGAUAGAUCUCAGUUCUUACAGAGAUCAGCAUUUCAAGGGUACUAGAGCAGAUCAAGAUAGGCUAUUAAGAAUUACGAGUACUUUGUAUGUUGGAAAUUUAUCUUUUUACACCACCGAAGAACAAAUUUAUGAAUUAUUUUCAAAAUGCGGAGAUAUUAGAAGAGUUAUUAUGGGAUUAGACAAAUAUAAGAAAACUCCUUGUGGAUUUUGUUUUGUUGAAUACUAUACUAGAGCUGAUGCAGAAAAUUGUUUAAGAUAUAUCAAUGGAACCAGAUUGGAUGAUAGAAUUGUUAGAACUGAUUGGGAUGCUGGAUUUAUUGAAGGUAGACAAUAUGGUAGGGGCAAAACAGGAGGCCAGGUUCGUGACGAAUAUAGAACUGAUUAUGAUGCUGGGCGAGGUGGUUAUGGAAAAAUAAUUCAACAAAAGAUUGGAGGAAUUGAAACUCCUGCUUUUUUAAGAUAAUUUUUAUUAUAAGAUUAUUGUAAAUUCUUUGUGACACUUAAUUUGUAAAAUAUGUGAUUUCUGGGAUGAUUUUAUAUGAAAUAGAGACUUAUUUAU